GCGGCCACAUGGGAUGGAAAUGGUUCUUCGGUUGAAACUGAAAAGCAGCCCACAAUAAAGUGGAAAACCAAACUUUGGCUUCUAUCGGCUUUGCCGGUAUGUUGUGCACCAGCAAUUUCUUCGGUUAAAUUUCGGGCCUGGCUACGAAUCUAGGCUAGGUCAACAGUUCCAGCCAACUCAGCACUAGAAGAAAUAAAAAAAAUCAUUCCUUCAAUCCUAACGACUUUUUUCCCGCUAGCCAUUCCCGCUGGCUUCCAUGAGCGAGCCCGUCUCAGCGAAAUGUUUGAAGAUUAAACACACCCUGCGAAGAAAAAGUGACAAAAAGUGAAGUUGUUAACAACUCGUUGCACGACGGCGAGCUAUGUGAACGGCUGCCGGUGCGUUGGUUGGUGCGUGUUUUUGCGACAAAUUUCGCUUCGGGUUUGCAAUUUUCGUGAGUGUGCUGCAUGGGUUUUGGGCGCGUGGAAGAAGGUAACAAGUGUAUUUUUCCUCGGAAAAACGAGGAAUAAAAAAUGUUAACGUAAAGAUAAGUACCGAUUGCCUAGCUACACAAAUUCGAGUCACUUCGUGCGAAGCAGCAAUUCGCAAGAAAAAAGCCAUCAUUAAUCGGUGAAGGUAGCUUCGGGGGAAAAACAGGAGUGUGCAGAGAGAUGUCGAGGCACCGUUUGUGAGUGAGUUGUCACCAGUGCGAAGUGAAUGUGUCUGAGAAAAAAGUUGGGGUUUGUUUUAGUCUGCAGUUUUGAAGAUAUCUGAGCGGUCGUUAUGAUGGUGCUUCGAAUAAGUCCCUCCAGUUGUGCUGGUGGGAGUUUAUGGCUGCUGUUGGGAUUCCUGCUGCUUAUUCGAACAGAACUCACCUGCGGCAACAAUAGGGUUGACGACUAUCAGAGUCAAAAAGGCGAACUGGUGGGGGCAUCACGAAAGUUCCGCACCGACUUUCUCCAGGAGUGGCCAACGCCGGGAACUGGGCCUUACUUCGAUACCGCUUCGAUUCCCUCCAACAUAACCGGAUUGGUCGGCAAGACGGUCCUUCUGAUCUGCAAAGUGAAAAACCUGGGAAACAGAACGGUCUCCUGGGUGCGCCAUCGAGACAUCCACCUGCUGACGGUCGGUCGGUACACGUACACCUCGGAUCAGCGCUUCGAAGCCAUGCACUCGCCCCACACCGAGGAGUGGACCCUGCGGAUACGAUACGCCCAGCGCAAGGAUUCCGGUAUCUACGAGUGUCAAAUCUCCACCACCCCUCCCAUCGGGCACUUUGUCUAUCUGACGGUAGUAGAACCAGUGACAGAGAUUAAUGGCGGGCCUGAUUUAUUUAUCAAUAAAGGCUCGACGAUAAAUCUCACCUGCAUAGUCAAGUACGCCCCGGAGCCGCCGCCAGCCGUGAUCUGGAAGCACAAUCGAGACGACAUCAACUUUGACUCGCCCCGAGGAGGCAUCUCGCUGGUGACGGAGAAAGGCGUGCUGACCAGCAGCCGGUUGCUGGUGCAGAAAGCGAUAGCCAGCGAUUCCGGGCUGUACACCUGCGAACCCUCCAAUGCCAAUCCGGCCUCGGUCCGGGUGCACAUACUGAAUGGUAGGUAUACGAUUGCAUGCGGUUGCCUGUGAUAUUCGUUUCUUAUACAGACCGAU